AUGCAUCUUGUCAAUCUUUUAUCUGUGGCGGUAGCCUUGGCCUCAUUCGGCUCUGCAGCUUGCAUUAGAGAUGAAGCCGCAAUCCAAGCUACAGAGCCAAAGUAUCUGUUCAUCUUUGGCGACUCGUACACUAGGACCAACUUUGAUAUUGCGGGCACAAAACCCUCUUCGAAGAACCCUCUUGGGAAUCCUGGAUGGCCCGGAGUAACGUCCUCCGGUGGAAAGAACUGGGUUGCCCAUACCCUUACGGACAGGCUUCUCAGCAAAUACAACAACGACACUCUCACCUAUAACUUCGCCGUCAGUGGUGCCACCGUCGAUCGCGCAAUCACUGGGUCAAAGCCAAAGUCUACAGUCACUGAUCAGGUCAAGAUCUGGGAUAAUAACCUGAAGAACAAGCCCAGCUAUGCCAAGUGGACAUCCAGCAAUGCGGCUGUGGGCGUCUGGAUCGGCAUUAAUGAUAUCGGCUCCACAUACAUGAAAAGCAACACGGAACAAAUUCUGACCAAGGUCGUUGACAAAUACUUUUCGCAUCUGGAACACCUCUACAACUCCGGUGUCCGCAAAUUCUUCCUGAUCAAGGUUCCACCCACGAACCGCACCCCACUGAUGAGGAACAGAGGCAGCGCGACAGUCAAAAAUGUCACCGAGGCUGUUACCUUUUACAAUAACUACCUGGACAAGAAAACGACAAAAUGGAGAGGCCACCACAGUGACCUGAAGGUCAAGCUUGUUGAGACGCAUGCGGCUUUUAAUACCGCUCUCGACAACCCUACGAAAUACGGCUCCAAGGAUAACAAAUGUACCAACUCAGACGGAAAAACAUGCUUGUGGAAGGACGGCUAUCACCCCGGUAUUGAGAUCCAGAAGCUUGUUGGGUUCCAAGUAAAGGAUGCCUUGAGAGAUAUCGGCAUAUGGUAG